AUGGCACCAAAGGCUGCUAUUACACUAGCCAUCGCGUUUUCUGCCAUUUUGACAUCGGCAGCAACUAUUGAUAAGAGAAUUAUCCAAGGAGAAGAUGCCAAAGAUGGUGAAAUAAAAUUCAUCGUCAGUCUUCGCGAUGAGAAUAGGACUCAUCAAUGCGGAGGUAGUCUGUUAGACGGCCAUACCGUUCUUACCGCUGCUCAUUGCGUAGAAGACGCAGAACUGGUCUCUGUGACGGCUGGAACAGUGGACGUCAAGACGGCUGGAGUAGAAGCAAAAAUCGCGUCUUUCAAGAAGCACCCUGAUUUCAUGGUACCUGAAGUUCUGUACCCUCAAGACCCUUGGUAUGAACAUGAUAUUGCUAUCGUGAAAUUAUCAACUCCGAUUAAUGAGAGCAACACCAUUGAGUAUGCGUCGCUGCCUCCAACCGGCUCGGAUGCCAUGGUCAAUUCCACUGCGAUGGCUGCAGGCUGGGGCCGACAAACCCCAUUUUCUGUAGCCAACAACCCAAACCUAACACACACAGCAGCUAAAAUACUUGGCAAGGUUGUUCUUCUUAUUCACGCACGCGAGGACUGUGCCAAGUACGAGGGGGUAGGUGAUAGAGAUACCAUAAUAUGCGCUGGUGGAGAAGGCGAGAAUACAUGCAAGGGGGAUAGUGGUGGCCCUCUUUUUGACCCGAAAACAGGACAGUUACUCGGCGUCACGUCGUUGGGCACAAAGAUAAAUGGGGAGCAGUGCAAUCGGGCCCCCAGCCUGUUUACCAGAAUCGGCAGCUACAUCGACUUCAUCAACAAAAAUCUUGGGUCUGAUUCCGGUUCUGUUCCUGAAUACCAACCAGUCGAUCUUCAGAAGCCGGAGAAGCUACAUGACAAGCUAAGUGCCCUAUUCGAGUGUGUUUCCAGAAAAGUCGACCCGAAAGACACAGACAAUACAGCCCGCGAAAAGGCCUGGAAAGAGUGUGUGAAGCAACAGAGAAUCCAGAAUCUCUAG